AUGCUCGCUUCCAACGUCCUCGCUCUCGCUCUCGCCGUCGCCGGCGCCUCGGCCGCCCCCAUCGUCAAGCGAUCCAGCGGCCAGGCCACCUACUACGCUGCCGGUCUCGGUGCUUGUGGUUGGACCAACUCCGGCUCGGACUUCAUUGUUGCCAUGAACGCUCCUGAGUGGAACGGUGGAUCCAACUGCGGUAAGACCGUCACCAUCACCAACACCCAGAACGGCAACACCCAGCAGGCUCAGAUUGUCGACCUUUGCCCUGGUUGCUCGUGGGGCUCGCUCGACAUGUCGACCAGCCUCUUCUCUGCCCUCAACAACGGCAACAUGGACGCUGGUGUCUUCCCCAUCUCGUGGUCGUUCGGCUCGGGCGCCCCCGCCCAGCAGAACAACCAGCAGCAGCACAAGGAGCAGGAGCAGCAGAAGGCCACUUCUACCCAGGCUCCCCCCCAGGCUGUCUACACCAAGGCCUACACUCCCUCGGCUACCCCCACCCCCAAGUCGGUGACCUACUCGGCUCCCGCCCCUACCUCUGUCACUUCGGCCGCUCCCCAGCCUGCCUCGAACACCAACUCUAAGACCGUCGUCUCCACCCCGGAAUGGUGGGCUAACGUUGACAACGCCUGCGGUGUUCAGCUCGACCGCGCCUCGCUCCCCAUCGCCAUCAGUGCCUCGUCGCUCCUCUCGGCUGACAAGCUCGGUGACGCUUGCGGCAAGUGGAUCCAGAUCAAGAACAACCAGAACGGCAAGGAGCUCUCUGUCCAGGUCGUCAACUACUACAACGGCCCUGAGGGUGAGGUUGCUCUCGGUGAGGCUUACAAGCGCCUCGCUAACAACUACGAGAACCCCGAGUCGAUCGAGUCGGUCACCUGGGGCUUCAUCGACGGCCAGGGUCUCUAA